UCCAAGAGACCAUAUAGAAAAGAAGAGAGAUUAGAGAGAAGAACAUUACUAACAUUAGCUUCCAGAGCCUCCAACAUCAUGGGGGACCUGGGUUUGAGCAGCCUUGAUUCUCUCCCAUCCAAGAACGAGUCUUCCUCACAAGAGAAAACGAGGCUGCUCAGAGACAACAGGUCAGAAAAAAGACCCGGAGCCGAUGCCGAUGCCGACGACGAUGGAGAUCUCGAGUUCGACCCGGCUGCACCGCCUCCCUUCAGAAUCGCAGAGAUCAGGGCGGCCAUCCCAAAGCAUUGCUGGGUGAAGAGCCCUUGGCGUUCCCUGAGUUAUGUCCUCAGGGACGUCGUCAUCGUAUUCGCGCUGGCAGGGGCGGCCGCUUAUUUGAAUAGUUGGGCCAUUUGGCCGCUGUAUUGGGCUGCUCAAGGCACCAUGUUCUGGGCCAUCUUCGUUCUCGGUCAUGACUGUGGGCAUGGCAGUUUCUCGGACAAUCCCGAGCUGAACAGUGUGGUUGGGCAUCUGCUUCAUUCUUCAAUUCUUGUACCUUACCAUGGAUGGAGGAUUAGCCACAGGAUUCAUCAUCAGAACCAUGGGCAUGUUGAGAAUGAUGAGUCAUGGGUCCCGCUGACGGAGAGAAUUUACAGGAGCUUGAAUACGAGCACCAAAGUCUUUAGAUUCACUAUCCCCUUCCCGGUUCUUGCCUAUCCCAUGUACCUGCUGUAUCGGAGCCCCGGGAAGGAAGGGUCACAUUUCAACCCCUACAGCAACUUGUUCACAGAAAAAGAACGGAAGGAUGUUGCGAUUUCUACGCUUUGCUGGACAGUGAUGGCCCUAAUCCUCUUCUACCUGUCCUCUGUGAUAGGCGCCGCCCAGCUGUUCAAGGUCUAUGGAGUACCAUAUAUGAUCUUCGUAAUAUGGUUGGACUUAGUCACGUACUUGCACCAUCAUGGCCACGAUGAUAAACUUCCGUGGUAUCGAGGCAAGGAGUGGAGUUAUCUUCGAGGAGGGCUUACGACGGUGGAUCGAGAUUAUGGAAUGUUCAACAGCAUCCACCACGACAUUGGUACCCAUGUCAUUCACCAUCUUUUCCCCCAGAUCCCGCAUUACCACUUAGUUGAAGCGACCAAGGCGGCAAAGCAUGUGCUAGGAAAGUACUACCGAGAACCGACUAAAUCGGGUUUGAUUCCCUUCCACUUGAUCAAGAACCUUGUCCGGAGCCUUAGGCAAGACCACUACGUCAGCGACACCGGAGAGAUUGUUUACUACCAAACGGACCCUCAGCUCUACAAGUUUACUUCGAAAAAAUCCGAAUGAAUCAAUAUCUUAGAAAUAGACCUGAAUGCUCUGUGGAUUUUUGUUGGUAUUUCUUGUGGAAGAUAUACCUAAGCUGGGUGCGAGUUAUCUUCUUCUGAAAAAAAUAAAAGAAUAGGAAGUUGGAAUGAUAUUUUUCUGGAUAAGAGUUGGAAUGAUAUUUUAUUUCCAUGGUCUUUUGAUACUCUGAUUACCGAGACAAGUGAAGACUUACAUAGAGUAUCGAAUAAUAUGAUUGUGCUAUCAA